AUGAUCCUGAUGGACGAGGAGGGUACACAAUACCAUGCUCGUGUCUUCAAUCAGAAUUUCUCCAGAUUUCGUCAUCUUUUAAAGGAAGAUGAAAGUUAUAUAGUUAUAAAACCCACUAUGGCUGCUAGUAUUCAAUCUGUCUCCUUAAAUCAAGUUGCUUUGGAAUCAGAUGAUGUUGUACAGCCUGUUCAAAAGGGUGUGAUCUCACAAGCAGAUGAAAGUUUUACACCCUCAACAGUUGAUAAGUCAACCACAACAAGUCCAAGCAAAAUAUCAACUGAUUUGAAGCGCAACCUCCAAGAAAUUUAUGAUGUUGAUUCUGGAGAUGAUUUAAGUUCAACUAAGACUAAAAGAAAGUCAACCGGAGAGGAAACUCCACUCUUAAUUCCAAAAAUGGAGAAGUGA